AUGAAUGGAUUUGCCCGUCAUGUGUUUGCUCCCUACCAAAAAAAAAGUAACCUGUUAACGCCAGUGCGUUCCCCAGCGGCUUCCCUGAAUGACGAAUAUACAAUGAGCCACAAUGUCAACACCACAAGAGGGAAUAAACAAAAAUUGAAAAGCUCUGAGCUUCUUUCAAACGAAGACGUCGACUUAACUACAUUAAUUUCGGAAAUACGCGACUUCAGGGACGAAGUUAAAGACAUAGUACGCCAAGAACUGAAAUUGCAAACAUCAGCCAUUACCAAAUGCUUUGAAGAGAGGCUAGGUGAAUUAUCGAAGGCACUUGAGUCCAAAGACUUGGAAAUCAGUUCAUUAAAAUCAUUAGUUAAUGAGUUACAGCAACAAAUCGCCAUCCAAGACCAACACUCGAUGCGAAAUGAACUGGAGAUUAUUGGUAUGCCUGAAGAAAACAACGAAAAUCUCACGCAUAUCGUUCUCGCUACUUGUCAAAAGCUCGGAGUACAGUUAUCCGAAAAUGAACUGGAUGAAGUGGUACGUGUAGGCCCUAAACGUUCCUCAGGCUCAAAAUCAUCUAUGCCCAACUACAAACACCCGCGCCCAAUCAUAGUCAAACUACUGCGACGUAAAAAAGAGGGAUGA